AUGGGGCACCGCCCGCCUGCCCCGGAGCUGCCCGCGGACCUGCAGGCCCGAGCGCUGCUCGGCUCCGACGUGCGGUCCCUCUGCGCCGCCGCCGCCGCGGCGCGGGCCUGGGCGGCCGCGCUGGGCGGCCUGGGCGCGGGGGCCGCCGAGGUCUGGCGCUGCGCCCUGACGGCCCCGCAGACGCCGGACGACGAGCCGGGGACGUACACCUCGGGGGCGUCCGAGGGCGGGGCGGGGACGGCAUGUCGUCAGAUCGUAGGUCACGGGAGCUUCCGCUCGUCUCGGAUCGAGCGCAUCUCGGCGAGCUCGCGC